CCAGAUUUUGAUAUUAGAUGUCAAAACAAAUUUCAUAUCGGCCCAAAGCCCAACAAUUGAUUAAUUGAUUAUUUAUUCAUUAAUAACUCUAGGGUAUGUUUUGGAGCGUUACAAUGAGAGUAUGAAGGCGUACGAUAUGAUCAUACACCUAAGACAGCUCUACCAAGGACAAGCUAGGCAUGAGAGAUUCCAGAUCUCCAAAGCUCUCUUUAGUUGCAAGUUGUCAGUUGGAAACCCCGUUGGUCCGCAUGUUCUCAAAAUGAUUGGCUACGUCCAAACUCUUGAGAAAUUGGGUUUCGAACUAAGGACUGAACUUGCAACUAAUCUGAUUCUGCAAUCGUUGCCAGAGUUGUACAAGCAGUUUGUGGUUAAUUACGAGAUGCAUGAACUCGAUAAACCACUGCUAGAACUUUUGAAGAUGCUGCAAACUGCCGAAGAGAGCUUGACGAAAGGAAAGAGGAAUUAUGUCCUUCUAGUUCAAGGAGGAAAAGGCAAGAAGAAGUUCAAGAAGGCAAAGAAGAAUGGGCCUAAAGGCAAGGGUAACACCGAGCCAAAGUCCGAUUCUUCCGAGCUCAAGCCUAAAGGUGGAGUGGCUAAAGAUUCCAUUUGUCAUCACUGUGGUGAAGUUGGCCACUGGGAGAGGAAUUGCAAGCAGUAUUUGGCAACCAAGAAAAAGGGUGAAGCUUCUGCUUCAGGAACUGAAGAGAAGAAGUAGGAGAGUUUAUCUUGAAGAUCAAAGGGUUGCAUCUUUGUGGCGCAUUAGUUUAAGUUUUAGUAUUUGAUCAGUUUUCAAUUUUGAAUUGAUGUUUACUUAUUGUUUUAAGUAUUAUUGGUUAUUUCAAUAAAGGACAAAUUGUUGCUCCAUUUAUAAAAGUAUUUCAUAUGAUCAAAUAUUUUGCCUCACAAGCAUAUCGCAAUACAACAACUAUACCAAGGCUACAAAGUACAAAUAUUAAUCAAUUGAUAAGUUUGUC